UACAGUGUGGUUAACCCUACUUGAUUUCAAUUAUGGAUAUUCAAUUCUUGAGUUGGUACUUGGUACAAUAAUAUUGAAUUCCAUCUCAGCCAAGAAAGCUGCUACUACUUGCCUCUAACCUGUGACCACUCAUCAUCUCAUACCUUCACUCCAUUAGUUAAAAAAAGCCAAACUAUCUUUCUCUUUCCAUCUCUCUCUCUUUCUCUCUCAUUGAUUACAGCCACCGUUUUCUCUUUCUUCCAACUUGCUUUGGUUCCUCUCCUCAACUAAAGCCUAUUCCCUUCUUCUCACCCAUGUCCAUUUGUAGCAUGUUUUCUCUUGAGCACUUCAAAGUUCAAAUCUUUCACACACACGCAUUCAUCUCCAACCUCCACACCCACUUGGGUCACUUCUAGAAGAUCUAUCUGCCAACCCUUUUGGCUGAAAAAAGAAAAAACAAAGAAAGAAAAUAAUGGGAAGCAAAUGGAGGAAAUUGAAGCUGGCUCUUGGUUUGGAUUCCUGUGUUCACAUUCCCAGAGCCUUUGAUGAUUCCUCCGCCGCCGCAGCAAGGUUUUCCGGCGGCAUCUCACCCACCGUCGUUUCGCCGGCCGGUGACACCUCCGGCUACCGUCCCUCCACUCCCACACCAUCGUCUUCCGGCCUCUGGUUACCCAAAUCGGGAACCAAAUCCCCUAAGGGGACCUGUGCAAUAUGCCUUUAUACAAUGAAACCAGGGCAGGGCCAUGCCAUUUUUACUGCAGAAUGUUCUCACUCUUUCCAUUUCCAUUGCAUCACUUCUAAUGUGAAACAUGGGAACCAGAUUUGUCCUGUCUGCAGAGCAAAAUGGAAAGAAGUUCCUUUUCAGAAUCCUGCUUCAAAUAUGCCCCAUGAUCAACUCAACCAAGUUUCUCCCCGAGAAGAAGGCUGGACGACUGUCUUACGGAGGCUUCCUUCUCCUCAAGGUGAUGCUACUCGGCAGAUUUCAUCACUUUAUCAUGUUACCGAGCCAGCUAUUUUUGAUGAUGAUGAAGCCCUGGAUCAACAAACUUCAGUUGCCCAUCCAAAAAAUGAGGCUGAUCAUGAUGUAAUAAAUACUGUGGAGAUCAAAACAUAUCCCGAGGUUUCAGCUGUUCCAAAAUCUGCUUCUCAUGAUGCCUUUGCUGUUUUAAUUCAUCUCAAAGCUCCACAUUCAGGGAGAAAACAAAAUAAUGAUGCAAACAGUACUGAAUCAUCACCUCUGGUUGAGAACUCUCGUGCCUCAGUUGACCUUGUUACAGUUCUUGAUGUGAGUGGUAGCAUGGCUGGUACUAAGCUAGCGUUGCUAAAACGAGCUAUGGGUUUUGUCAUUCAGAAUCUUGGUCCAUCAGACCGGCUGUCUGUCAUUGCCUUCUCCUCCACUGCACGCCGCAUCUUUCCUCUCCGGCAGAUGACUGACACUGGACGGCAGCAGGCAUUACAGGCUGUCAAUUCCUUGGUUUCAAAUGGUGGGACAAACAUUGCUGAAGGCCUGAGGAAAGGUGCCAAGGUUUUUUCCGACCGACGGUGGAAGAACUCGGUUAGCAGCAUCAUUUUACUCUCUGAUGGGCAGGAUACAUAUACAGUCAAUAGCAGGCCUAAUGUUGGAACAGAUUAUCAGUCACUUGUUCCAAACUCCAUUCAUCGUAAUAACGGUACGGGCAUGCAGAUACCAGUGCAUGCAUUUGGCUUUGGCUCUGACCAUGAUGCUACAUUGAUGCAUUCAAUCUCUGAGAUAUCUGGGGGUACGUUUUCUUUCAUUGAAGCUGAGGAUGUCAUUCAGGAUGCAUUUGCACAGUGUAUUGGGGGACUCUUGAGUGUGGUGGUGCAAGAAUUACAAGUAGAAGUUAGGUGUGUUCACCCUCAAUUGCAACUUAGUUCAGUAAAAGCAGGAAGUUACCAAACAAGCUUGAUGGCGAAUGCAAGACUGGCUACUAUCAGUGUAGGAGAUUUGUAUGCUGAAGAGGAAAGAGAUUUUUUGGUGACAGUUAAUGUUCCAGUUGAUAAGUCAAGUGAUAAGACAUCGUUGUUGAUCGUGAAAGGUCUUUACCGAGAUCCCAUAACAAAAGAAAUGGUGGCUUUGGAAGAAAACAGUGAAGUAAGAAUUCUGAGAUCUGAUGUCGGUGGAGGAGAACUGGUUGUGUCAAUAGAGGUAGAUAGACAGCGAAACAGGCUGAGAGCAGCUGAGGCAAUGGCGGAGGCUAGAGUUGCAGCCGAACGCGGUGAUUUGUCUACUGCAGUUUCAGUCCUGGAUAGCUGUCACACGGCAUUGUCUGAAACUGUUUCUGCUAAAGCCGGGGAUCGGUUAUGUGUUGCUCUUUCUGCAGAGUUAAAGGAGAUGCAAGAGAGGAUGGCAAACCAACGCGUGUAUGAGCAGUCUGGAAGAGCUUAUGUUCUGUCAGGAUUGAGUUCACAUUCAUGGCAAAGGGCAACAGCACGCGGCGAUUCCACAGACAGCACCAGCCUUGUGCAAGCAUACCAAACACCUUCCAUGGUUGACAUGGUGACACGUUCCCAAACUAUGGUUUUUGGAGCGCCGGUGCCGCAAAAUAAACGUGUCCUCAGGCCUGCUAAAUCAUUUCCGGAGAGGCAGAGAAGACAAUAAAAAUGAGCUUGGAAAAUUCUACUUGGCCUAUACAUAUACUUGUGGGGAAACCUUCAAGUUUCUUAUCUUAUUUUACCCUUUUGUUUUUGGUUUUUGUCAAGGUGGGGUAUAAUGGAAAGGAAGGAGUUUUAGGAGGACAAAAUUCCUGAUUUUGCCAAAAAUAUAAAAAGUGUAAAUGGGCUGGUGCAGAGAAUGAAUGGCGAAAAGGAACAGGUUGAAUAUUUCAGUGUGAUUCUGAGUGAUGUACAUAACCUAUUGUUUUCGCUUGAAUUGUGCGGGUGAAUUUCAUCAUCGCUUGAUUAUAUACAUAUGGUAUAAUAUAUUUGCUUCUGAUUCUUUUCAUAA